CUCAAAAACGACCUGCGCCGCAGGCAGAGAAAAAAAAAAAGAGAGAAAAAAAAAAUAUAGAAACUUCGUGAGAAAGAGAGAAGCGUGAGAGCGAGAGCGAGAGCGUCAACCUUCGGAAGAAGGGGAAGGAAGCCGACCGUGGAGUGCCGGAGUUUGCCGGAGAUAGACGAACGAUGCAAAUUUCUACCGGGCCAACCGCCUGCUGACCACCGCCCGUCGCUGCGUCACCAAAGCACCGUCGUCAAUAGAGGUGAACUUGGAGAGGAAGCUGUUAGAGAAGCUUGUUAAGAAUAUCUGGAAUUUGAGACGCCAUGCCACCAAGGAGAGACCCGAAUGCCGUCCCUACCAAUGCUGAGCUGGCGCAAGCUCUCACGCUGCUCACCCAGACCAUCACUGUGGCGUUUCAAAACCAACCUAACAACGGCAAUAACAUGGAAAGUCGUGUAGCGGCACGAAAUCCGCCGAGCUUCCUUGGGCAAGAAGAUCCAGUCCUUCUCGAGAAUUGGAUACGAUCCUUCGACAAGCUGUUUGAUGCGGUCAAUUGCCCGGCUGAUCAACGAAUUAACAUUGCUGUUUAUUAUCUGCAUGAAGAAGCAGAUAAAUGGUGGGUUCAUGUGGGACCAGGCAUGAGUGCACAACCGGACUUCACUUGGGAUCGGUUCAAGCGUGCACUGCGGAAGAGAUUUUACCCGCCACACGUACAAGCAGAAAAUCGUGACAAGUUCUUACACUUGAAGCAAGGGGACAUGACGGUGCAAGAAUAUCACAGUCAAUUUGUUACCCUAGCAGAAUUUGCAACAUCACUUGUACCCGAUGAGGAGAGCAAGAUUGAGAAGUUCAUCGAAGGACUGAACUACGACACACAGAAGAUGAUGACGGUACAAGAAUGGCAAACAUUGGAUGAUGCAUAUUACAAAGCUGCGAAGCACUAUCGGGUAGUACAACGCCAGCGAGAAGCCCACAAGAAAAUCCGGAAGAACGAGGAGGAGAAUAAGGCAAGGGAGAAGAGGCUCAAAACUCAUCAGCAGGAACAACAACCCACGGGGAGGAGGGAAGAUCGUCCACAAGAUGGAAGGAGAUUCCCUGGGCAUGGUCCAAGGCAAGAUCAACGAUAUGUGCCAAGAGACAGACACUACCAUUGCAAGUUGUGCCAACGAGAUCACCCUGGUGUUGACUGUGAUGGAAAAGUGGUGAACUGUUUCAUUUGCGGGAAGAGGGGACAUCGGGCAUUUGAAUGCCUAAACAAAGAAAAGGCAAGUCAUCAAAACCAAGGGCCUAACCGAGGAGGUGCAAACCAAGGUGGAAAUCAAGAGGGGAAUAAGCCGGGAAAUCACAACAAUAACAAUCGCGACCGUGAUGCCAACCGCAAUCAGAACCAGAACCAGAAUCAGAACCAAGGCGGGGGCAACCAAAGAAAUCAGGGCCGCAUAUACGUGAUGAACAAGGCACAAGCCAAGGCCCAUGACGUGGUUUCAGGUACAAUUCAUGUUAAUAACACUCCUGCUUACGUUCUGUUUGAUUCUGGUGCUUCUCACAGUUUUAUCUCUUCUAAAUUUGUUGAGAAGUUAAAGAUAAAACCUGCAGCUAGCAUAGAGUUGAAUGUAAAAACAGCAAAUAAUAGAGUGGUAUCUUGUAGAAAUGUAUACAUGAAUGUACCUAUAGUCAUAGAUAAUGUUAAUCUACCUGGAGACUUGGUCCAAUUUGACCUCGAAGACAUUGAAGUGGUGUUGGGCAUGGAUUGGCUCGGGAGUUACAAGGCGAAGAUCUUGUGCAACGAGCACAAGGUGAUCAUGAAGAGCCCGAGUGGGAAGCGGGUAUCAUUCAAGGCAGUGACAAACAAACCUGAUAUCAAGUUGAUGACAAUGCGGCAAAUGAGGAGGUACAUCCGGAAGGGAUGUGAAGCAUACCUUUGCAUGAUGAAGGAGACCCACAAUGAAGACCAAACGAUUGAUCAGAUCCCUGUGGUCAAUGAAUUUCCCGAUGUGUUUCCGGAAGAGAUUCCGGGGAUGCCUCCGGAAAGGGACGUUGAGUUCUCCAUUGACUUAAUGCCGGGUACUACACCAAUUUCCAAGGCACCAUACCGGAUGGCUCCGAAGGAGAUGCAAGAACUGAAAGAGCAACUUGAGGAACUACUCGAAAAAGGCUACAUCAAGCCGAGUGUCUCACCAUGGGGCGCUCCGGUUCUCUUUGUCAAGAAGAAAGACGGUAGCUUGAGGCUGUGUAUUGACUACCGAGAGCUGAACCGUGUUACUAUCAAGAAUCGAUACCCUUUGCCCCGUAUCGAUGACCUGUUCGAUCAACUGAAGGGGGCGGGCAUAUUUUCCAAGAUUGACCUUCGAUCUGGCUACCACCAAGUGAGGAUAGCGGAGAAGGAUAUACCGAAGACUGCAUUUCGUACGAGAUAUGGGCACUAUGAGUUCACCGUGAUGCCGUUUGGUCUAACCAACGCACCCGCGGUGUUCAUGGACCUAAUGAAUCGUGUAUUUCGCCCCUAUCUUGAUACAUUUGUGGUGGUAUUCAUUGACGAUAUCUUGGUGUACUCGAAGAAUGAGAAGGAUCAUGAAGAACAUCUUAGGGUUGUUUUACAAACCUUAAGAGAGCAUCAACUUUAUGCCAAACUUUCCAAGUGUGACUUUUGGAAAGACCGAGUGGCAUUUCUGGGUCACAUCAUUACUCGAGAGGGAGUAUCUGUGGACCCGUCAAAGAUUGAAGCGGUAACCGAGUGGCGAGCACCAACCACUGUCACUGAAGUGCGGAGUUUUCUUGGGUUAGCGGGCUACUAUCGGAGAUUUGUCAAAGAUUUCUCCAAGAUAGCUAGACCAUUAACCAAUUUGAUGAAGAAGACCACAAAGUUCCAGUGGACGGAUGAUUGUGAGAGAGCAUUCGAGGAGCUGAAGAAAAGACUGACGACUGCACCAGUACUGACACUUCCUUCGGGAACUGAUGGGUUUGAAAUAUAUUGCGAUGCAUCCAAGAAUGGACUCGGCUGUGUGCUAAUGCAGAAUGGGAAGGUAGUAGCUUAUGCAUCCCGACAACUAAGGGUGCAUGAGGUCAACUACCCAACCCACGACCUGGAGUUAGCAGCAGUAGUGUUUGCUUUGAAGAUAUGGAGGCACUACUUGUACGGGCCACCGUGCAAGAUAUACACCGAUCACAAAAGCCUUAAGUACAUCUUCACCCAAAAAGAGCUUAACAUGCGACAAAGGAGGUGGCUAGAGCUUGUCAAGGACUAUGACCUUGAAAUCCAAUAUCAUGAAGGGAAAGCUAAUGUCGUAGCAGAUGCCUUAAGCAGGAAGACGGAACACGGCAGAGCAAUGUGGAUACUUUCGGAAGAGUUAUAUCGGGAAUUCCAACGACUAGACUUGGAGGUGAAGGAGUGCGGUGAAGUGGAGAGUGAAAUCUGGUUAUACACAAUGACCAUUUUACCCUCUAUCUUCGAUGAAAUCAAAGCAGGUCAACCAGGAGAUGUGAAGCUUGAACGAGUCAAGGCCGGGAUGAAGAAUGGGGUAAACGGACCAUUUCAUCUACACGAAGACGAGAGUAUCCGCUAUAAGGGAAGGUGGUGUGUCCCGAUGAAAUGUGAGCACAUCAAAAAGCAAAUCAUGGAAGAAGGACACAACACGCCCUAUUCGGUACACCCGGGAGGAGACAAAUUGUAUAAGGAUCUGAAGCAAAACUUUUGGUGGCCGAGAAUGAAAAAUGAAGUGGCAGAGUUUGUGGCUCGAUGCUUAAACUGUCAAAAAGUGAAAGCCGAGAGAUGCAAGCCCAAGGGACUUGUGCAACCCUUAGAGGUACCAACGUGGAAGUGGGACUCAAUCUCGAUGGACUUUGUCGGGGGUUUGCCUUUAACAAAGUCCGGGAAGGAUAAGAUUUGGGUAAUCGUUGAUAGAUUGACCAAGACCGCUAGGUUCAUUCCCAUGAAUGAAACUUGGAGCAUGGAUAAGCUGGCAAAAGCCUACAUCAAGCAUGUGGUCAAGUAUCACGGUGUACCCCGAGAUAUUGUAUCUGAUAGAGAUUCUAGAUUCCUAUCCCAAUUUUGGAGGGAACUUCAAGCUGCUAUGGGAACCACACUAAAGCUAAGCACAGCAUUUCAUCCGAUGACAGACGGUCAGACGGAAAGAACAAUUCAGACACUCGAAGAUAUGCUGAGAGCAUGUGUGCUGGACCUACAAGGGUCAUGGGAUGAACACUUGGACCUAAUAGAGUUCUCAUAUAACAAUAGCUAUCAUACGAGCAUUAAAAUGGCUCCAUACGAGGCUCUAUAUGGUCAAAAGUGUAGAAGUCCUUUGUGCUGGGGUGAUAUGGUGGACCAGGUUGUCUUAGGGCCGCAAUAUUUGCAAGAUACGAUGGAGAAGAUCAAGUUUAUUCAGGCGAGAAUGAAGGCAGCACAAGAUAGACAAAAGUCAUAUGCGGACCUAGGAAGAAAACCAGCUGAGUUUGAGGUAGGAGAGAAAGUACUCCUCAAAGUCUCUCCCACUAAAGGCGUCAUGAGAUUUGGGAAGAAGGGCAAGCUGAGUCCUCGAUUCAUCGGACCUUACGAGAUUCUGGAGAAGGUGGGGAGAGUAGCUUACAAACUGGCUCUACCCACGGAAUUGAGCAAAGUACACGACGUUUUCCAUAUAUCUCAACUGAAGAAGUAUAUCCGUGAUGCGGCGCAUAUCUUAAACCCGGAGGUGAUUGAGUUGGACGAGACCUUGACGUAUGAGGAAAGGCCUGUGAAGAUUUUGGACACAAAGACACGUGAAACUCGGAGGAAGGCCAUCAAAAUGGUCAAAGUACUGUGGUCAAAUCACUUGGCUGAAAAUGCCACAUGGGAGACCGAGGAUGACAUGAGAAAACGUUAUCCCGAGCUGUUUAGUCAAGGUAAAAAAAUUUAGUUACGGGGACGUAACCCCUCUUUAAGGGGGGUAGAAUGUAACGCUUAGAAAUUUUUAUUAUAGAUAGUAGAUAUUAGUUUAUGUUUCGGGACGAAACAUCUUUUAAGGAGGGUAGAAUGUGACACUUCAAAAAUUAAAAUAAAAUAAAAUAAUUACUUAAAAUGUUACAUCGUUGAAAUAAUAAUAUUUUUUUUUAAGUAGAAACACACAUGUACGUAUGUACUAUAUACGUAUUGCGGCACAUACAUAUUAACUUGGAAUAAUUAUAAAGAUAGUUUGACUUUUCAAAAUAUAAAUAUACGUACUAACCAUAUAUGAAGUAUAAAUCAUUCUACCUAAUACAAAUAAUAAUACUCCGUACACAAGUACUAGUCUACGCAUGCGAGGAGAUAAGAAUGACGAACGAAUGAUUUGCCAACGACCUGCUUAUUCUUCGUACGCCAAAGCUUAUCUAUAGAGACCUAGAACCUUCACCCUACCGGUAUAAAUAUGAGCGUAUCGAUCAACAUUCAACACAACCUCAAAAACGACCUGCGCCGCAGGCAGAGAAAAAAAAAAAGAGAGAAAAAAAAAAUAUAGAAACUUCGUGAGAAAGAGAGAAGCGUGAGAGCGAGAGCGAGAGCGUCAACCUUCGGAAGAAGGGGAAGGAAGCCGACCGUGGAGUGCCGGAGUUUGCCGGAGAUAGACGAACGAUGCAAAUUUCUACCGGGCCAACCGCCUGCUGACCACCGCCCGUCGCUGCGUCACCAAAGCACCGUCGUCAAUAGAGGUGAACUUGGAGAGGAAGCUGUUAGAGAAGCUUGUUAAGAAUAUCUGGAAUUUGAGAUGAUGUGGUUUAUGAAGAUUGAUGCCUUGAGAGCGCUCCUAGAAGACUUUUAGAGUAGUCACAUCUAGAAUAAACAUUGUUAGAUUUUAUUAUUACAAAUGUUGAAUUGAAUAUUUCUUUAGAUACAUUUUUGGUGGAUAGCCUUAGCAUCCAGUCGGUUUAGGGCUGGAUGUGGCGGUAACACACCCCGUUUCUUUGUUAUUGUUUAAUUCCGCUGCAAACAAAUUGAAAGUUUUGAAUAAUUAAUAAAGUUUAUUAUUUCUUAA